GCAAGAUUAGGUGAUAUGUCCUCUCCUACUGGAACAUCAAUCCAACGACUAGUAGCUUACUUCACUGAAGCAUUAGCAUUUCGAGCGGCGAAGAAAUGGCAGCACAUAUUUUCCAUCGCCCCACCAAGAGAGCUCACAGAAAUGAAUGACAAUGAUGAAGCAAUGGCACUUCGAAUCCUCAACAAUGUGACCCCAAUCAUAAGAUUCAUCCAUUUCACACUGAAUGAGAGGUUGCUUACAGCUUUUGAAGGAAAGGAGCGUAUUCAUAUCAUAGACUUCGAUAUAAAGCAGGGACUUCAAUGGCCGAGCCUAUUACAUAGUUUGGCCUCCAUGCCUAAUCCUCCAACUCAUGUGAGAGUUACAGGCAUUGGUGAAUCAAAACAGGAGCUUCAAAACACUGGAACUAGACUUGCAGGUUUGGCUCAAGCACUUAAGCUUCCAUUCGAAUUCCAUUCAGUUGUGGAUAGAAUCGAGGAUGUCAGACUUUGGAUGCUUCAUGUGAAGGAGAAUGAAUGCGUUGCAGUUAACUGUGUUCUACAGCUGCACCGUGCUCUUUAUGCUAAGAAUCAUAUUGUGCUGAUGGCUAUGUUGGGUCUCAUUCGAAGCACCAAUCCUUCCAUUGUUCUUAUGGCAGAGACAGAAGCAGAGCACAAUGAGCUGAAAUGGGAGAAGAGGUUUGCUAAUGCUCUCAAGUAUUACUCUGCUGUGUUUGAUUUGUUAGAUUACAGCUUUACAGGAGACAGCGCAUCAAGGAUCAAGAUUGAAGAGAUGUUUGCAAGAAAGAUCAGAAAUUUAGUUGCUUAUGAAGGAGUUGAAAGAAUAGAGAGGCAUGAGAGAUUUGAUAGGUGGAGAGGGAUGAUGGAGGAUGGUGGAUUCAGGUUUGUUGGGUUCAAUGAGAGAGAGAUUAUUCAGAGCAAGUUGCUUCUCAAGAUGUAUAACUGUGAGAAUUAUUCUGUGGAUAAAGGAGGAAAUGGAUUUGGGCUUACACUUAAAUGGAUGGAUCAGUCUUUGUAUACAGUUUCAGCUUGGGCUCCCAUGGAGAUUGGUGGAACCUCCUCUGCAUUGCAACCAGGUUGAAGAGAAUGGAAUGCUUUCUUCAAAUUUUUUGCUUGAUUUCAGAACAUUAUUUUAUUCUUUGUUUUCAAUAGGGAUAGGAAAGCCGAAAGAUUACAGUUGAUGCUUUGCAUAGAAGAGAAAAUUUGUUAUGAUUUUUUUAUUCUUUUGUUGCUGAGCCCCUGAACAAU